AUGUCGAGCAAAAAAGCCAAGGGCAAAAACACCAAGAAGCGCCCACAGCGAGCAACCUCCAAUGUGUUUGCUAUGUUUGAUCAGUCCCAGAUUCAGGAGUUCAAGGAGGCCUUCAACAUGAUCGACCAAAACAGAGAUGGUUUCAUCGACAAGGAAGACCUGCAUGACAUGCUGGCUUCAUUAGGUAAGAACCCAACAGAUGAGUACCUGGAGGCCAUGAUGAAUGAAGCUCCAGGCCCAAUUAAUUUCACAAUGUUCCUGACCAUGUUCGGAGAGAAGCUGAAUGGCACAGAUCCCGAAGAUGUGAUCCGUAAUGCUUUUGCCUGCUUUGACGAGGAGGGCACAGGUGUGAUCCAGGAGGAGUACCUGCGCGAGCUGCUCACUACGAUGGGAGACAGGUUCACAGAUGAAGAGGUGGAUGAGCUCUUCCGCGAGGCUCCAAUUGAUAAGAAAGGCAACUUCAACUAUGUGGCCUUCACACGUAUUCUAAAGCAUGGCGCCAAAGACAAGGACGAUUAGUGACGCAAGUGUCACUGGACAGUAUUUAUUCUGUGCGUCAUGUAUAAUAGGGGAUUCCACAUAAGUUAUACCGUUGUGUUGUUUAAUUUGGUCCGCGACAAAGCUUCCCUGUGGUACAGCUUAUUGAAGGUCAUGUCUGAAGUGUUUAUUGGUCUGUACCCUCUAUCCAGUCAACCCACCUUCUACUCUUACAGCACUUUGCACGUCAGUGACAUCAUCACUAAGGCCACAUUUCUUCUCACUCAGUAUACAGUGCAUCUGGAAAGUAUACACAUUUUAUGUUAUAGUCUUAUUCCAAAA